GGGGAACCAUCUAAUUAAAGUUGCACACGAAUGAAUUUCCAGUUUUACCACCAGGACAACACAUGGGAAUCCGAGAGCUGUGAGACCGGUCUUGCUGAGUACUUCAUUUGUGAGAUAACUUUCGAGACAUACAAAAAUAAUGGAGAACCUAAGCCUCGAUUUUCAAAGUUUAGCAGUGAUUGGGACACAUUUCCUGAUCAGCAAAUUAAAACGACAGAAUACACAGGAAUGGUAAAUGUAUCAGACGUAAAUACUCCAUGCUUGUACUGGGCAAAUGUAACAAAAGAUAGUCUAAAACAAAACGAAAUGUGGUGGCAGAAGUUUUUCCCCGAGAAUGAGGAAUCCAAUGAUGACGAGUCAGGCCUUUAUAUUUACCGUGAUUAUUCACAAGGGAGAAAAUAUGCACAUAAUUACUGUCGUGACCCUAUGAAUGACGGCUAUCUGGGAUGCUACACAACUAAUGGCUACUCACCAUGUACAUUCGUGUUACCGGCAGCGCCUCAUUCUGCAACUUCUUAUUACUAUCGUGGUAAACAGAACACAACUUACUCUGGUAAAACUUGUCAGCACUGGAACAUCGAUGUCCCUCAAGUCCAGGAGGUUAUUGAAUAUGACUACAAAGGUGAAUCUUUGAAGGACAAAGGAAAUUAUUGCCGUGAUAUUUGGGACACUGGUUAUAUUUGGUGUUACACCACGGAUAUAGACACUCGAUGGGAACCUUGUAUUGUAAAAGAUUCAUCUUCUGGUCGCUGUUCACAAAUUGUGGAAAGUUACUCAAGGACAUUAAAUGUAACAUUUUCCGGGAAACCAUGCAAACACUGGAACACAUAUAUAGCUGGCAAAGAUAUGAGCGCAUCAAUUAAAGUUUUAGAUAAUUAUUGUCGUGAUCCCUUUGAUGAAGGUUUCCUUUGGUGUUACACAGAUCUUGCAAACUUGAAAAGAGAGCCUUGUUUUGACUUAGACGAACAUAUAAAUGAAGAUAAGAAGACUGGCAGCUUAGAUUCUAGAGAAAAUUAUACCUGCGCCAAUGGAGAUUUGAUCAAUUUUGACAAUUUGUGCAACAGAAAGAUAGAUUGUGUUGAUUUGUCUGACGAAAUGGAAUGUUAUGAAAAUAAUAAAAAAAUGGAAUUUUGUGGCAUUAAGGAAUACAAAUGUAGUAGCGGACAAUGUAUAUCAGCGGAAAACAGAUGUGAUGCUUACGUACAUUGCCUGGACGGUAGUGACGAGCAAUUUUGUAAUACAUGUAAUGAAGACAAAGCUUUUCACUGCGAUAUUGUUAGAUGUAUUCCGAACAGAUUGGUAUGUGACAAAUAUGCAGAUUGUGUGGAUAGAAGUGACGAAACAUCGUGCAUGGAACGUACUUACCCUUCGUGUGAACACUGGUGGAACAUAGGUUUUAGGGAGACAGGACCAUAUGUUAUUAGUGGAAUUGAUGUGAUAUGUGACUUUGACUCCGUUUUCGAGAAACAUGUUAUAUACACUAUAUUCAACAAUAUAGACAUAAUUUGGUAUGAUGAAACAAGGACAGGAAAUAUGUAUGUCCGAGAGAGCAAACGAGAAUCUGACGCCAGUUUCGUCGAAGCAUUUGCAACUGGCAAUUGCACUCAGGAGAUCAAACAGUCUUGUGACCCUGUGCAUAAAUCUAUACAGUCUUUCAAUGAUGAACAUUUCAUUGAUGACAUUAAAGAAUGUACGUGCGCGAUCCAGACGAUCACAAAACCAACAGAUGUGUAA